GUCGCACAGAUUGGUCUGUCUAACCACUCGAUCUGUUAUAAAAGCACUGUGUGUUCACUGAGCUGAAGAGAUCGAGCGAACAAGAGGAAGAGAAAGAUGAAGAGAUCGUUAGCUGAUUUGCUGAGUUACUUGAUCAGACGCCCGUCGCCGCCACCCUCUCUGUCACCGCCGCCGGAGGAGAUGGCGGAGAAGCCAAAGGGGAAAAAACACAGCGGCUGGAAAUGCAUGCCUUACAUAAUAGGAAAUGAGACCUUUGAGAAGCUCGCCGGCGCAGGUCUGCUGGCGAACUUCACAGUGUAUUUGGUGAGCGAGUUCCAUAUGGAGCAGGUGGAGGCAGCUAACGUGGUCAAUAUUUUCUUUGGAACAACCAACUUUGCACCGUUGGUUGGCGCCUUCCUCUCAGAUGCUUAUGCAGGCAGAUUCAACACUCUGGCUUUUUCCUCCAUCAUCUCUUUCUUGGGAAUGCUGACGCUGACGCUCAGCGCUGCCGUCCCCCAGCUCCGGCCACCACGCUGCUCCUCGCCGGCGGCGAACUCUGUGCCCUGCUCGACCGCCUCCGGCCUCCACCUCGGCAUCCUCUACCUUUCCAUGGCUCUUCUAGUCGUCGGCGCUGGCGGCAUCCGCCCCUGCAGCCUUCCCUUCGGUGUCGACCAGUUCGAUCGAACCUCCGAAAAGGGCCAAGAAGGCCUCAAACGCUUCUUCAACUGGUACUACUUCACCUCAACUCUUGCUCUGUUCAUUGCCAUGACUGUGAUGGUCUAUGUCCAAGACUCCAUCAGUUGGUCCAUUGGCUUCGGCAUUCCCACAAGCCUCAUGCUCCUCGCCCUCAUCCUCUUCUUCCUCGGCACGCCUCUUUACGUUCAUGUCCCUCCCAACGGCAGUGUCUUCUCCGGCAUCGCCCAAGUAUUCGUCGCCGCCUUCCAUAACCGCCGCCUCCCUCUCCCCUCCUCCACCGCCGCACUCUACAACCCAAUCUCACACGACGACCGUUAUGUCACCCCUCUCCCACUGACCCACAGCUUCCCUUUCCUCACCAAAGCUGCCAUCUUGUCCCCUUCUAUCGGCUCACCGCCGAGCUCCUGGCGACUCUGCACCCUUCAACAGGUCGAAGAAGUGAAGUGUUUGAUCCGCAUCAUACCAAUCUGGGCCUCCGGAAUCAUUUGCUUCAUCGCCCUAGGCCAACAAUGGACUUUCGCCGUCCUCCAAUCGAUGAAAAUGAACCGUCAUCUAGGUCCCCACUUCAAGAUCCCCCCUGGUUCCGUCGGAACAAUCUCCAUGCUCGGACUGACCUUCUUCAUUCCAGUCUACGACAUGGUGAUUGUUCCAGUUGCUCGCCGGAUCACGAAGCUUGAGGGAGGGAUCACGCUUCUGCAAAGGCAGGGGGUGGGGUUAUUCAUAUCGAUUUUGUCGAUGGUGGCAGCGGCAAUGGUGGAGAAGAAGAGGAGGGAGAAGUCUUUGGAAGGGGUGGCGAUUUCAGUACUGUGGUUGGUGCCACCAUUGUUAGUCAUGGGAGUUGCAGAGGCGUUUAACGGGGUGGGGCAGAUAGAGUUCUAUAAUCGACAGUUUCCGGAGCACAUGCAGACAUUGGCAGGAUCUCUGUUCUUUUGCAGCUUGGCCGGAGCAAGCUAUUUGAGCAGCUUGUUGAUAAGUGUGGUGAGGAAGGCGACGUAUGGGGGAGGGAAGAGGAGUUGGCUUGAGGAUGAUAUUGAUAAGGGAAGGCUUGAUUAUUUUUAUUAUUUGAUUGCAGGGAUGGGGGUUGUGAAUUUGAUUUAUUUUGUGAUUUGUGCGAGUUUUUAUAGGUAUAAGGGAGUGGAGGAAGUGAAGGUGGUGAAGGAAGGGGGUGGCGAGGGAGAUAUUGAGGUUUGUAAGGUUGUUAAGUCUGGAGAAUUGUAGAGAUUUAGGUUUGGUUUCAUUUAGGACGGUUUUCUUACUACUUUUUAAAACAGUAUUUUAGUACAAAAUAUUUACUUCAAGAAAUUUUUUGUGCUAAAAACUUGUUUUAAAAAGAAGAAAAGAAAAUUGUCCCAAACAAAAUCUU